AUGGCUUCAAAUUGUCAGCGUUUCCUAUCACCAGAAGCUAGCCGUGUUACUAGGGAGAAACGCGGCCAAGUUCUUGGUCAUAGAAGUGGAUUCCGUGGUUGUACUAUUUGGUUAACAGGACUAUCUGGUGCUGGUAAAACCACCUUGAGUUAUACUUUAGAAGCUUAUUUAUGCAAUAAAGGGAUACCAGCAUUUUCACUGGAUGGUGAUAAUAUUCGUACUGGCCUUGCUAAAGAUUUAGCCUUCUCUGAAGCUGAUCGAACUGAAAAUAUACGUCGAAUUGGAGAAGUCGCAAAAUUAUUCGCUGAUGCGGGAAUCGUCACAAUCGCUAGUGCUAUUAGUCCAUAUCAAGCAGAUCGACUUACUGUACGACAGUUACACCAACGAAGUGGCCUAAACUUUUUCGAAUGCUAUGUCAGUACAUCAUUAGAAGUAUGCGAAAAGCGAGACACCAAAGGCCUCUACAAGAAAGCCAGGGAAGGCGUUAUCAAAGAUUUUACGGGCAUAGAUUCACCUUAUGAAAUACCUAUCAAUCCUGAUAUUGUUUUAAAAGCGGGAGAGUGGUCAGUUCAACAAUGCGUUGAUAUAAUUAUCAAUUUUUUAGAGGCAAAGAACAUUAUACCAUUCUCUGCACUAAAUAUGGUACGAGAGCUUUUUGUGCAGCCAGAUCAAGUAGAAGAAAUGAAACAAAUAGCAAGGAAAUUGCCUAAAUUAAACAUUACCAAACUCGAUUUACAGUGGGUUCAAGUUUUGUCUGAAGGUUGGGCAUCUCCUCUUAAGGGAUUUAUGAAUGAGAAAGAGUAUUUACAAGCCUUACAUUUUGGAAUUUUAUUAGAUGGUGGUGUAUCUAACCAAUCAAUACCAAUUGUUUUGCCUGUACACGAUGAUAACAAGCAACGGUUACAAAAUGAAGAGCGAUUUACCUUAAUAUAUGACAAUCGACCUGUCGCAAUAGUAUCUAAACCUGAAUUUUUUGAACACCGUAUUGAAGAACGGUGCUGUCGACAGUUUGGAACAUACUCUUCCGAACAUCCCUAUGUAAAGUUAAUCAUCGAUUCAGGGAAUUGGCUAGUAGGUGGUGAAUUGCAAGUAUUGGAGAGAAUUUGCUGGCAUGAUGGACUUGAUCAGUUUCGCCUAACGCCAAUGGAAUUAAGGAGGAAAUUCUAUGAACUAGAUGCUGAUGCUGCUUUUGCCUUCCAACUUCGAAACCCUCUUCAUAACGGUCAUGCUUUACUAAUUUCUGAUACCAAGAGACAAUUGGUGGAACGUGGAUUCAAACACCCUGUAUUAUUACUACAUCCAAUCGGCGGAAUUACCAAGCCAGAUGACGUUCCAUUGGAAGUCAGAAUUAAGCAACAUUUAGCCGUAAUUGAAGACGGUAUUCUUGAUCAAAGUUCGACAAUCUUAGCGAUCUUUCCUUCUCCAAUGAUGUAUGCAGGACCAACGGAAGUUCAAUGGCAUGCAAAAGCAAGGAUAGCGGCUGGAGUUAAUUUCUAUAUUGUUGGUAGAGAUCCAGCAGGUAUCCCUCAUCCAGUUACCGGGAAAGAUUUAUAUCAUACAACGCAUGGUAGUAAGGUAUUACAGAUGGCUCCUGGAUUAACUCAACUAGAAAUUAUUCCAUUUCGAGUAGCUGCUUAUAAUAAAAUCAAGAGAAAGAUGGAUUUUUAUAAGCCCGAUCAUGCUGACGAUUACAAUUUCAUCUCUGGAACUAAAAUGAGACAAUUAGCUCGGGCUGGUAAUAAACUACCUGAUGGAUUCAUGAGUGAAAAAGCAUGGAAAAUUUUAUUGAGACAUUACACAUCUAGUAAUCAGACUCAGUAA